GUUGGAUACCUGUGAAUUUUUUCACAGAGCUAGUCAAAGACGACGAGACAAUGCCACUAAGUAAAUCAAGGAUACCGUUGAAGUUGCUUCUCAUCUCAACGGCGAAGUUCCUUAACAACCCGAUAGAUAACCCGUUGAACGGGGAUUCAUACUUCUCCUUGGAUCAGGUCAAUGCCAUACGAGAUGGUGUACGUUACCUACUAGAAUUGACAAACUGCUUAUCAAGAUCGACACUCAUCGUUAGGAAAAGACCAAUCAUUAGAAGAAUGAGGAAAACACUGCUUGCAGAUUGGUAUUCUCUGAUGAUUAAAGCAGACUCGUAUAAACACACACAUAAUUUGAAGCACGUGGAGACGUUACAGCUAAUGGCUUUACAGGUGGUCAAGAAAUCUAUAACCUUUCUGGACAUCUGGUCAAUAGAAUCAGAAUCUUUGAAGAAAGAGGAAGUUAUCACAAGAAGGAAGACGGAUAUGCCAUUACUGAGAACACCACCAUUUGGUAAAGCAAGACUAAACGAAAUCCAUAAUGUCUUGUUCGGUUACAUUGGAUUACUUCUGGGACGACUAGAUAUGGUUGAGCAUAACCCUGCUGGAUGCCAAUUGCUGGAGAACAUCACACAUCAAAUGAUUUUACUGCUGAAAGAGUUGCUCUACAUCAACAAGUCAUGUGUUAAUAUCCUCGAUUCUCAGAGUCGGAGGUUGGAGAAGUUUGACGAUAAUCUGGAUGUCUUGCUUUCAUUAGUCUCUGAAUUGGUAUCAAGCGUAAAGAACUUUGUCACCAAAAUGAUCAAUGAAUCCAACACUGAAAAACCUCUGAAGCAAGGCCCGUAUCAGUAUUCAUCGGAGGGAUUGGAGUUGAUGGGGGUGAUUUCCAGAAUGACGAGAUCAAUUUCACUCUCAGUGGAUACGUGUUAUAAGUAUCUGGCGAUGAUUGGCGAUUUCAAACUGAGUGAAGACAAGGAAUACACAGACUUCUCAAAGGUUCAAAUAACAGCUGAUCAGUUCAUCAAAACGUGCUCCUUGGGUAUGAUCAAAACCAUGGAUAAGUCCAAAUUGGACAUGGUUAGGACUGCUGAGAGGAAUGGUAUCAAGAGGCAAUCCAAGUUCUCCAUGGUUAGAAGUGGUAAUGACAAUUUCACCGUUUCAGGCUCAAACCUGUUACAGGAAUUCCUACCGGAUUCUAAGUCAUUCAUGAGAUCAUCAGUGUUCCAGCCCUAUUUAAACGAGACUGGUGAACGCUACGAGAUUCCAUUUGAUCGUGAUACUGAAAUACUUUAUGAUUCAGAAGGCUCUCUCAUCGGCGCAUCAUUUAGAGGACUAGUGUACUUGCUCACAGACGAGUUAAGGAAAACACAGCCUUUCUUCAUCUCAACGUUCUUUCUCACUUUCAAGUCAUAUUCUACAAGUGACGCACUCAUUGAGGAGUUGAUAUCGAGGUUUAACUUUGAAGACUCAUCUGAAGACGAAUCCACAGGUGAUUAUUACUCCUACGAUUCACGACUGAAGAAUAGAAGAAGAUUGAUAGCCAAAAUAUUCCAGCUGUGGAUUCAAAGCUAUUGGGACUACACCGGUGACUACAACCUGAUUCCGACUCUGAUAAACUUCUUCAAUGAGGAGGUUUCACAGUAUUUGCCCAUAGAAUCGAAGAAACUGAUUGAACUAUGCUCGAAGCUCAUUAUUGUGACACCAUCACUGCUGGAGACCACCAAGACUGUACCAAAGACUAAGUUUGGUGGCGUGGACUCUGCAGUGAUACAACUGGUGUCCAGAAGAUUGUCUUCUACGAGAUCAGCAAUGUCAAAUUCAAGCUCUGUCAAUUCAUUCGUAUCUUUGAACAAGGAACUUGAUGAUGAGGAGCACAUCUUUGAGGAGUAUGAGCUGACUAAAGUCAAGAGCUCUUCGAGAAACUCCACCUUGCUGCCACUACCUGGGCUGAAUUUCAACCAUAACUCAUUGCUGAACAAAUCACAGAUUAGUGAAAUUGAGCACGAUGUUAUUAAACACCGAAUCGCCCUCAGCUCAAUCAACUGGCCAGUUGAGUCUGUGUCGAGAUACAUCCCGAUGGAGACGCAACACUUACUCAAGGUGUGGUAUGACUGUUGUCAAAGUAAGCUCCAAUGCGAAUUUCGUCCAGAGUCACACUUAGCUGAGCUCAAUGGGUUUGAACUCGCCAAACAGUUGACCAUAAUCGAAUCGAGAAUAUUCUUAUCCGUGAAACCAGAAGAGCUUUUGAAUCAAAACUUCUUGAAGAGACAUCACUUGUCACCUAAUAUUCAACAGUCUCUCUUGUUCACAAACUUACUCAGUGCCUAUGUGUUGGAGUCCAUCCUCGAGGAGGGCUUAAUUAUGAAGAAACGUACAAUUCGGAUUAAACAAUGGUUGAACAUUGCCUUAUCCUGUUACUACCUCAAAAACUUCAACUCCCUCGCUGCCAUUGUCAUUUCACUGCAAAGUCAUAUCCUGUCCCGUUUGGAUGAAGUUUGGGCAUCGCUUCCCGAGAAGUACCAGUCUUUGUUCAGUGAUUUGAAGAAGAUCAUCCAUCCUACGAACAACUAUAAGGGAUACCGUUAUAAGCUGUCAAAGAUUCUGAAAGACGGCGAUACCAAAUCUCCAAUUCCUGUGGUUCCAUAUGUGAAUCUAUUCUUACAGGACUUGACCUUCAUCAACGAGGGAAAUCGUGAUUAUCGAAACUCUGAGUCCUUCUUGAAAGAGCGCAUCAUCAACUUUGACAAAUUUAGAAGAGUUGCAAAGAUCAUUGCAAAUAUGGAGUAUUUACAAGUUGGAUAUGAUGAUGCUCCAAAGAAAAGACGAAGUUCAGUGUUCAGCUUUGGAUCAACAAUCUCCCUUGACGACAACCUUACGGUGAUCCCACCACUUCAAGAAUACAUACUUCUUGAGCUGUUAAGAGUUCAACAACUCAAUCUCAGAGACGAUGAGAGGGCAUGGAAACUCAGUAAGAAGCUCAAACCAUAGCUUCAAACACAUUGUAUGUCAUAUUUUGAUAACCAUCUAAUAAUUUACGGAC